AUGGUGGAAAGGUUUCACAGGCAACUAAAGGCGGCAAUCAAAUGUCACGGGAAUCCUUCCUGGACCGAAACCCUCCCCGCAGUUAUGCUUGGUAUCCGAGCAGCAUGGAAGGAUGAUCUUCAAAGUACAAUCGCUGAGAUGGUCUAUGGAGAACCGCUACGUUUACCAGGAGAGUUCAUUACAGCAUCACAGGAACCCGACGCUAAUACUCAAGCCGACUUUGUCCAGAAUUUGCGCCGACACACGCAGCUGUUACGCCCGACAGAGGGAACCAGGCAUGGAAAGAAAACUCCUUUUGUAUUCAAGGACCUUGCCACCACCGACUUAGUUUUCGUAAGGCGUGACGGACCAAAAGGACUUCUAGAACAACCCUACGAAGGUCCUUUCACGGUACGGAGAAGAUCCGACAAAACAUUCGUAGUUUUGAUUCGUGGUCGCGAAGUCACGGUGUCUAUAGACAGGUUGAAACCAGCAUACCUGCAGCAGCAAUCCGAAACACCUAUCCAACCAAAUGUAGUCCAAAACAAACAAACACAUACCCGUUUUGGAAGACGUGUUCAUUUCCCAGAUCGUCUGCAAUAUACAUGA